AUGCAGUACAUCGCACCAAGUUCAACACUCAGCUCCACUGUGAUCGCCACCAUGUUCCGGAACAACUACGACAACGAUUCGAUCACAUAUUCGCCCACCGGUCGUCUUUUCCAGGUCGAGUACGCCCUCGAGGCCAUCAAGCAGGGAAGUGCUGCCGUGGGAAUCGCAUCGAAGACCCAUGUGGUGUUGGUGGCAUUGAAGCGAAAUGCUGAAGAAUUGGGAUCUUACCAGAAAAAAUUGAUAAAAAUCGAUGAUCAUAUGGGCAUUGCCUUGGCGGGUUUAGCGCCAGAUGCACGUGUGCUUUCCAACUACCUCAGAAAACAAGCCAUGAACCUGAAAAUGGUGUUCAAUCGUCCCAUUCUGACCCAGAGAGCUGUGCUCCAGAUCGCCGACAAGGCCCAAGAAAACACCCAGCUGUACGGCUCCAGACCCUACGGUGUGGGGCUCCUCGUUGCUGGCUAUGACGAGACCGGCGCACAUUUAUAUGAGUUCCAGCCGUCAGGACUGGUGUUGGAGUACUACGGUGCUGCCAUUGGUGCUCGUUCUCAGGCUGCGCGUACCUACUUGGAGCGCACGCUCGAAGAGGUGAGGGAGGUUACUGACGUCGAGAGCUUGAUUGUGCAUGGAUUGAAUGCGUUGAGAGACACGUUGGCUCAGGACGUGGAGUUGACUUUGCGCAACACCUCGGUGGCCGUAGUGGGCAAAGAUACAUCAUUCAAGAUCUACGAGGACGACGAAGUGACCCAAUGGUUGGAAAAAUUGGACCUGGUCAGCAACGCCAGAAGUAGGGAUGACGGCGCCGAUGGCGAUGAAGAAACGGCAGAGGGCGACGCACCCCAGCCUGAAAACCCAGACGCAGACGCUGGUGCCGCUGCUGACGCUGACGACACAAGAAUGGAAACUGACGAGUAG